AUGGCGUUGUCAGACUCGGUCACUACUUGUCUUUCUCCACCUGUGCAUUAUGUGAUUUGCAAACUUGGAUUUGAGAAGAAGGACACCUAUGAUAUUAAUAAUAUUUUAUCUGAAAAUGAUGAAGUAUGUUGGCAAGCUGUUACAGAGCAUGUGUGUUACCUUGAAUCAGAUCAAAGUGUGGAUUAUAUCAAAAGCAUACGAUCAUUAGGACCUGUAUGUGAAUCUGUUAAUUUGCACUUGAAAUCUCUGACCAAGGAGCAAUUUGUAAUUCAGUAUGCAUUAUGGUUCCGCUGGACGAACUGCACAGAGUUAUUUCUUGAAGUAUUUGAUGUUCUACAAGAUACUGAAACUACAGAAGUUGCUCUUGGCUUAAUGAAACUAACAUCAUGCUUGGAGCGAGCCUUGGGUGAUGUAUAUUUACUCAUUGGGAAAGAUUGCCCUUUCCUUCUAAGAGACUUGCUUGCUUCUGAACAGCUUGCAGUUGUCUUUGGACAAGCUGUAAUGAAUGUACUGAGGGUAUUCAUUGGAUCUCCGUAUGGUCUGAAUCUUCGUAAUGUUUUGUGGCAUGGGUUUGCAUCCCCACAAGAAAUUCCUGCAAAAUACUGUGCUAUGCUGCUUUUUUUAACUGCAGGAUUGGGUCAGUUGUUACAGACAUAUCUUAUGCAAACUAAAUGCAUUCUAGUACAUCGACCUUAUGUGACCUUCAUGAGCUUAGAUGAGCUUGGCAUAUUUCCAGAUCUUAAUCAUGAAACACUUUCCGUAGCCGAAGAGCUAGUAAAACUGUCCAGUUUUGUAUUAAAAACAAUGUUACCAUUUUGGAUGGCUGCUUUAACAGCUUUCAAGCAAAGCAGGUAUGCUGACUGUGUGAUUCUCUUACUUCCUCAGCUGGAAGUUGGACUUAGAUUGCUCUUCACUACAACUAAUAAAUGUCCAAAUCGAUUGCUAACAGCUGAGCCUUCUGCUCUCUACACCACUUUUGAUGAGAUGCUAGCAAAGCGUUUGGAUAAUGAAGAAGUCAACCAGCUUCCUGCAGUUCUUCAGGAACCUGCCAUGGAAUUUCUUUGGGAUUUCUUGAACCACCAGGAGGGUCCACGUAUAAGAGAUCGUUUAAGCCAUGGAGAAAUCAAUCUACAAGCAUUUCCCAGAGAAGCAGCUAAUCAGAUAGUGGCAUUUGCAAUUACUCUUCUCUGCAGAUUCUCAGAUGAAGACAUGUUUGCUUUUAAGGAACACAUGGUCAUAAAACCACUGAUGAACUGUGCAAGUUGCUACCGUUCUCAAUUUCAUCCAAUUUCCCGACUCAAGAAACAGGUGCUGGAAUGUAUGAAGAGCAUUCACUUAUGGCCUGAAUUGCCAACAGUGCCUGAGGAGCACGUUCAAAUGAUUAAAGGGUUGGAAGGAAAUGCUGAAGCUAGUGCUUUGAUUUUGAUGAUAUCUGAAAUUGUAUCUCAGUUGCAGCAAUAUAUGCCCCAGAAUUUCUAUAGUUCAGGUGAUAGAAUCGAUAGUGUCCUAACAGAGAGGCUGUUGACUGAACUUUGUGAUACGCAUAUUUGCACACUUUAUUCUCCGAGACCUGUUCUGGAAACAGUGGUGGUAUUCCGUAAAAUAAGCACACAGUGCCAUCAAGUGUCUGAAAAAGUUAUUGCCAGCACUGAGUUGCGAUACAAACAGUGGAUGAACAAGACUCUACGUUCUCGCCAGAGGCAUAACUAUCGACGAAUGUUGAACAGCAUUAAAUUUUUGUCUCCAGUGUUGCGGCUCAUCUUAGUGUUGAUUACUCUGGAACUAGUCAAUAUUCAUUUGGUUUCUAAGAAGAAUCCUCUUGAAUAUCAGCAGUAUCUGAAGUUUUUGAAGUCAAUCUUGCAGUAUACUGAGAACUUGGUGACAUACACAAGCCCCGAGAAAAACAAGUGGGAUGAAACCAUGGAGCUUACAAACAAGACUUUGAUAAGAAUAAGGAAAAUCAGUGACAGAAAGCUAAUGUUAAUGCAGCUGGCUACAUAAAUUAAACGUUUUUAAGAUUAUUUGGACAUUGUUACAUCUUAAGAGUUCUGGAGUCCUCAAACUUGACAAGUCUAAUUCAAAGAUAAACUUCAUCAGUCAUUGUCAAAUUUUGGAUGCAAAAUUUAGUCUUUGUAUUAGAAGGUCGCUGUUGAGACUGGUGUUGAACGUUCAAGCUU